AGUUUGAUUGAAACUGGAAUUUUCUUCCGUUUAAAUUUCUCGUUCGUUCGCGGUCUAACAGAGUCGAGAUUAGUAACUGAUUCGAUAAUCGAAUUCAACGAAACGUUCAGCUUUUGAACCGAUUCAGUGCUGUAAAACGACGUCCAAGUGCAUAUUUCGGCAAUGACUACUUUCUUCGGCUAAAUUGACAAGAAUAUGGUUCACGAAAUUGUUUCGCAAAUGCAGAACGGUGUUUUGAGGACGAGGCGCGUGUGAGACUAUUGUUGUUAUUUUCACAGAGCGAAAGUACUCUAGAAUUUCGGUUGGUGACAUUUUGAAAUCGAAGAUGAGCUGCGAUUUGCUACCGGAAUGGCUAAAUCUUUUCCUGGACGACGUGGAAACUACUUUGUGCUUGCCGAUAUUGAUUAUUAUGGUUCUAUGCACCAUUCAGUUCAUAAUUAAUCAUACUAUGGACAUUGGACUUACCGUGUAUCAGAACAUUAUGCAAAAGUCAGAUGAAGACGUGGAGGCAGUUGAGGAGGAGAGGAGCGAGAAUUUAAUGAGCAAGAUCACAGGGUGUUUAUGCAACAUUUGCGGUUUUAAUAAUCCCAAAUCGAACGAGGGCCAAGCGUCAUCGUUGGUUAGAUCAAAUUCGCAAGAGGAGGAGUGGGAUUAUUGCGACGAGGACGAUUGCGAGGACAAGUAACGAAUGUCAAAAAUGUGACAAAUUCCAGGAGAAACUGAAAGACUUCGUCGUCGAUAAGUACUGUAGCGAAACUUUUAUAUUGCAUGCAUCUCAAAUACGUUAAUAAACGAAAAAUUAAUAAACAGCAUGAUGAAGUUGGUAGAGAAAGGGGAAGCAAGA